AAGGCACACGAUUGCAGCGAAUCAAACAGCUAUACGCUCACAAUAGAUUACUUUUCAAUCACUGAUCUUUUUACAAAGGAACCUGGACUUCCUAUGGUGGUUGUGUAUUCGGUUUUCCUUGUUCAAGUGACGACUGGAUUGACGAUAGAAGUUGAACAAAUUUUACCUGCUUGCUGAACAAAUCACAUGACCAGCUGAAGUGGAAAGGGUAUAUUUCAUGAUGGUGCUAUACAAGCUUCAAGUGGCAGCCCUGGCAAUGGUCUUGUUCGUGCUGCUUAUAGAAUCAACAUCAGCAAACAACAGGCACUGUGAUGAUGGAUGCAUGAUUUCAACAUUAGGCUUGUCAUGCCAAACCUGCAAGCGUGGUUGUUAUGGAAACCGAUGCUCUCAACGAUGCCGCCAUUGCGACAGUGCCGGAUGUGACAGAGAGACAGGAAUAUGUCACCGAUGUCGCCCUGGACGCUAUGGGGCAGCGUGUCGCCAACGGUGUACCCAAUGCCCAGUCAAGUCUCACUGCGACAGACUCGAUGGCACCUGUAUUAAAACCUGCAAGGUGGGUGUUUUCGGUGUCCUCUGUAAUCACAGAUGUCCACGAAAGUGUAAACGUUCCUUGUGUCGCAAGAAAAAUGGCCAUUGCCAUCUGGGUUGUAAGCCUGGCUGGAAAGGCAUCUCCUGCAACAGCGAGUGUUCCAGUAACUGUCUCCACAAAGUCUGUCACGACAAUGGAGUGUGCAAACAUGGCUGCACUUCCGGUUUCUAUGGACAGCUCUGUGACAAGAAGUGUUCCACCUUGGUCACCGCCGAGUGUGAUAGCUUCACAGGCUGUAGGUCCACCUGCAGACAGGCGCUGUGUCAUCCUAAUAACGGGUCCUGUGUGCAAGGCUGCACACCAGGGUGGAGAGGGUCCCUCUGCAAUGAGCGUUACUCUGACCUGAAUUGUUCAAGCUGCAGUAAUGAAACGUGCAAGGAUGGAUAUCAACCCGGUUUCAGCAGCCACUGUGAUGAUGGGGGCGCAGGAGGCGGGUAUGAGAAUGGACAACUCUGGCGCAUCCUGCUCAUCCUGGGCGCUGUCACCACCACCGCAAUGAUGGGAUCGAUUGCAGCUUACUGUACACGUAAAGAGCUCCGAAGGAAAAAACAAGUGAAAGUUGCAUACAUGAAAGUUGAGAGUCCGGUGUAUUUGGGCACUGUCUCGAAGGAAGUCAAACUGAAGCAGUGAAACCAUAUCCGAAAUUAAGAUGAACUCUAAGAAGUAAACAUUUUCCUAGGAUCCGAAAAUCUACUAUGCACAUUAUCUUUUAGCUAGGAUCUGGAACUCUCAAGAUCCAAAACUUCUAAAGCUUGGACCCUCAAGUCCAAAGGAUGCCCUAAAAUUCGCCAGCCGGACAUCAAAGAAAGUGCAUCAGUACAAAAUGUUCUGCCAAUAGCUCAUGAGUAAAAUAUCUGAACACGUA